AUGAAACGGGUGGAUGACAACCAGUUAUUCCAGGCUGUACGGCUGCAGACAUGGUUUCGAGAUGGAAAGGAGCGAUAUUGGGUUGUGGAUGAGAGUAGACAGGCUGAAGGAAUGCAAGCGACGCAUCAAUUGAUACGCGACGUUGGAGAGCAGUCUAGCGAUGAUGUUAGUGAGGAAGAGCAAGCCAGCAACCAGGAAGGCGAUGCUGAGGACCAGAUCAUACGCGACAUCGAGCAGUGGAAGGAGGCAGCACAGGAGCGCAGGUUGACACUGCUAGCCAAGCCCGCGGCUGAUGAGCUAGACCCAUGGCUACGAUACACUGGGUGGAACGAGGUUCUUCAGGAGUCACAGGUUGAUAUUAUCCAGACGUACAAAUACGCGCGUGAGCCAGAGGAGAAGGAGACCAAAUUACAACGACUGUUACGUGCAUGGGAUCGGAUUCUUGAACGCUGUCUUGAUACGCUAGCAAAUAUGGACCACAAGGAUGUACUAAAGUGGUGGGCAUCACCAAAGAAUGAGGUUGCGAGCCAGCAUCCAUUCGAGCUUCACCAGAGCGUUCAGUCGGUUCAUAAGUGUAGUGCAGUAUGGCAGAGGUUCAUCUGUUACAUGAUGAGGACGGCGACAGUUGACUGGGAGGAUGAUACAGAAACUGGCGUGGAAUUCACCCAUGCUCAGUGGCAGUCAAUCCAACAGAUCCAUACGCACUUGCAAACUGAACCCAAUAAUGAAGACGAUCAGGAUCCAUUACUCACAGCCGAAUUGAUGCGACUGUGCAUGCUAGUCGUGAUGCAGGACACUAGCAAGAUUGGGCUGUACGAGUCACCAUUGAUGCAUUACUUAGCUGUUCGUGGGAUCGAUCCACUUACCAAAUCGCUAUAUCCACCACUUGCAUACACACCAAUACUUGGACGUGUGUUAUGGAUCACACGGCUGCUUAUGCUUGAGAUCGCAGUACCAUUAGAGCCAUGGCCAGAAUUAAGACUCCAGAGCAAAGAGGAUAUUGAAUCAAUUCCCGAGCGAAUCCACAAGCUACGGAGGACCCAUCUCUGUGAAGGCUCAUUCUCACCAACGUCAAGCAUCUUGAGUCAAUUAGCUAUGGGGAAGAAGUAUAACCAGCUGCAUGAGUCGCCAGCGAACAUGCACUGGUCACGCGAUGAACAGACGAUUUAUUAUCUUGGAAUGGGAGUUGAGCUUGAAAAGGUUAGGGAAAUGUGCCAUGACUUGAUAGGAUUACUACAAAGAUUACUAUACAAUCUGGCGUUUGAUUCAGAGCUGCCCAUGGUAGAUUUGAGCCAGAUCGUUGACAGCAUGGCUUGGAACACGAAAUUUCGACAGUCUGAGUACAGCUUCAUCAACCAUGUUAAGAAUCGAGAGCGUACGGAUGUAGGUUAUCAGUAUCUGCUUAAAAGUGCAAGGAAGGGAAGCAAGGAGUGGCAGUUGCUUCAAAGAGCAGGCGAUGGAUCAUACAAAUGGAACGACUCACAGAAGCAGGCGUACUUGAAUCAAGAGCGUCAGUUCUUACGAAAGUUGAUGGUUACUUUGCAUGUCACAGGUGGCCAGCCAGCUCGAGGACCAGAGAUUGGAUCGAUCAAGGUUAGUAACAGUGUGUAUUCAGCGCGGAACAUAUACGUCAUUAAUGGGCAGAUGUGCUUCUUAACCAUGUACGAUAAGGCAAGAAAGAGGAGGGGAAACACAGAUUACAUUGUUCGGUUCUUGCCCAAUGAGGUCAGUCAAGUGUUAGCACAGUACUUGAUAUAUAUCCGACCAUUUGGCAGGGCAUUAGACCAACGAGAGUCAGAGUACUUGUUUGGUGAUAAUCGAGGGCCAUGGGCAGGAGAAGAGCUCACGCAAGCUUUAAGCAAGGCAACAAGUAAGGGGCUAGGUGUACGGUUGACAGUGCAGAGCUGGCGACACGUAGCCAUUGGAAUUGCUGUACGGCAUUUACUACGAGCAAGCAAGACGUGGGAGAAGGACGAUGAAGAGGAUGAAGGAGAGUUUGCAGAGGGUGAUGAUGAAGAAGAGUUGGAGCAGAACACAUUCCGACAUAUCAUGGUUAGACAAUCAGGGCAUGGGCAGAGAGUAGCCCAAGCUCAUUAUGCAGUUGACGGAGCAUUCUUGCAUCGACUAGGCCCAGAGUUAAUCACAGCAUAUGAGCAAGCUUCAGUAGCAUGGCACGAGUUGUUAGGGUUGGCACAGGCUGAGGGGAAAGGAAAGCAUGGGCGACAAGCCAGCCAGCAAUUAACACCAGUUGGCAUCAAACGAGAGAGGAGAGAGAGCAAGCAUGGGGUGAAGGCAAAGGCAUUAGAUGGGUUGCGACGGAUCUAUGGCCCACAAGCGCAGCCACGAUCUGAAGGACAAGCUGCAGCACUACAACUUGUUCACCAGCCCCCAGUCACAUCGAUUAUCGUGUUGCCCACAAGCAGUGGCAAGUCAGUGCUGUUCUUUUCAGUGGCUGCCAUGGCUGUUGACCAGACAGUGAUUGUGGUCGUUCCAUUCACAGCACUAGUUGAAGAUAUCGUGGCUCGAGGACAGGCUGCUGGGCUGCACUGUAAAGAGUGGAGCUAUAGUAAUCAUUAUAGUAGUCAAGAGUUGGUGCAGCUGCUGGUUGUCAGUGCUGACCAGGCCGUCAGUGGGCAGUUUCUCCACGAGGCUAAGGGGUACGAGUUGAAUGGGCAGCUAGCUCACAUGUUCUUUGAUGAAUGCCAUGUUGCAUUUACAGAUACAUCAUAUCGAGAGCGGCUUCGAGAGCUGUGGAAACUACGGUACUUAAAGUGUCCAUUUACAGCAUUAACAGCCACAUUGAUGGUUGAGCUAGAAGAUGUAUUACGAGACAGGCUAUUAAUUGAGGAUGCAGUACUACUACGACGGAGCACUGCACGGCCGACCAUUCGAUAUCAGGUGCAGGAUAGUAAGGAAGAAGCAGCAUCUGCGGUCGGACUUCGAUUACUAGAAAGACUACUAUACUUGCCAGAUGGGAAACGUGGAGUGGUUUAUGUACGGAGCUAUGCAACUGGCGACUUAAUCAGCAGUGCUUUAGAGUGCUCAUUUUACAAGGCACGCGCAGAUGAUAAGGGCGAAACACUACAGAAGUGGGCUCAAGGAAGUGGAGGAUGGAUUGUGGCGACAGGAGCAUUAGGGACAGGAAUUAAUAUUCCAGGGAUCAUAUAUGUGGUGCAUAUUGAUAGGCCAUAUGGAUUGACGAGCUUUGCUCAACAGUCAGGAAGGGGAGGAAGAGAGGGAGAGGUUAAGCAGGGAGUGCAGGCGAGUAGUAUUAGGGCACUACUUUGA